CUCUUUUCGAUCUUCUUCUCUCUCUUUUGGGUUUAAUCUCGUUUUUUUAAUAUUCUUAAUUUCUGGGCAUCUCUCUCUCUCUGGAGAAAAAACUCACACCGUCUCGAUUCUUCCGUCAAAAACUCUCUCUUUUGUCGCCGGAUCAACUCUUCCCCGACGACUCAACACAGCAGAACCUUACCUCAACUUCAUCUCUUUCAUCUGUGUUCUCCUAGUUUAUAAAGUAACCUCCUUUCAACGGUUGAUUGGUAGCUGUGGAAAUCUCUGUUUCUGGGUUUUGUUUGUUUUUUAUUGCUAAACUAGUUUCCGGGUUUAGUUUGAUUUCUCGAAACUUGUCUGAGUAAAAAAAAAAAACAAGGAAGAGUGAUAAAGUUUCCAUUUUUAUUAGGAUUAUUGCUUUAUUAACAAUGGCGGAACCUUCUGGUGCUGUGGAACGAGGGAUUCGAAGCUUAAUAUCAGCAAGAAACUCUCUAAAAUCGAGUCUAGAGAAAUCAAAAUCCAUCGGUUUAGCUUUGGAGAAAACCGGUCCUAGGUUUGACGAGAUUGAGCAGAGACUACCUUCCCUCGAAGCCGCUGUGAGACCUAUCCGAGCAGAUAGAGAAGCUCUAAUCGCUGUUGGUGGCCACAUCAACAGAGCCGUUGGUCCUGCAGCUGCAGUCCUCAAAGUGUUCGACGCUGUCCACGGACUCGAGAAGUCUUUGCUAUCCGACCCCAAGAACGACCUCUCCGGUUAUCUAUCGGUUCUAAAGCGGUUAGAGGAAGCGUUGAGGUUCCUAGGUGAGAACUGCGGGUUAGCUAUCCAGUGGCUGGAAGAUAUCGUCGAGUAUUUGGAAGAUCACAGCGUUGCUGAUGAGAAGUAUCUUUCGACUCUGAAGAAGUCCUUGAGAUUGCUUAGAGAGUUUCAACAAGAGAAAGCUAAGCUUGAUGGUGGGCUUAAGGACGCUGCGUUAGACAAGCUGGAGAACGAGUUCAGGAGGCUGUUACAGGACAAUAGCGUUCCACUUCCUAUGGCGUCUCCGUCUUCGUUAGGAGAGCAGCAGCCUUGCAUCGCGCCGUCUCAGCUGCCUGUGACUGUAAUCCACAAACUGCAAGCCAUCCUCGGGAGGCUCAGAGCGAACAACAGACUCGAGAAAUGCGUUUCGGUGUACGUGGAAGUGAGGAGCUCUAACGUUAGAGCUAGUCUUCAAGCGCUUGACCUGGACUAUCUAGACAUCACUGUCACUGAGUUCAACGACGUCCAGAGCAUAGAAGGUUAUAUAUCUCAGUGGGGGAAUCAUUUGGAGUUUGCUGUUAAGCAUCUCUUCGAAGCAGAGUUCAAGCUUUGCAACGAGGUGUUUGAGAGAUUCGGCUCCAGUCUUUGGAUGGAUUGCUUCUCAAAGAUAGCUGCUCAAGCGGGGAUGCUUGCCUUUCUCCAGUUUGGUAAAACUGUCGCUGAUAGUAAAAAAGAUCCGAUCAAGCUUCUGAAGCUGUUAGACAUCUUUACUUCUUUAAACAAGCUGAGAGCUGAUUUCAACCGUCUCUUCGGCGGAGAAGCUUGUAUAGAGAUCCAGAACUUCACAAGAGACCUCAUCAAGAAGCUGAUCGACGGCGGAGCUGAGAUCUUCUGGGAGCUUCUGCCUCAAGUGAAGAUCCAGAAGCAAAUCCCGCCGCCUAGCGACGGCGGGGUGCCUAGGCUAGUCAGUUUUGUGACUGACUACUGCAACAAACUUAUAGGAGAUAAGUACAAAUCAACGCUCACUCAAGUCCUGCUUAUACACAAAAGCUGGAGAUCAGAGAGGUUUCAAGAGAAUCAGCUUAUGGUUGAGGUGCUUAGGAUAAUCAAAAUGAUUGAGCAGAACAUGGACGCGUGGAUGAAAGCGUAUCCGGAUCAAACGCUUUCUCAUUUCUUCGGUAUGAACAAUCAUUAUCAUCUAUACAAGAACUUGAAAGGUACGAGGAUCGGAGAUCAGUUGGGAGAUGCGUGGCUGAAGGAGCAUGAUCAGUACAAAGAGUAUUACGCUACAGUCUUUCUCAGAGACAGCUGGGGGAAGCUCCCUAGCCAUCUGAGUAGGGAAGGGCUUAUCAUCUUCUCUGGUGGACACGCCACGGCUCGUGAUCUCGUCAAGAAGAGGCUGAAGGCUUUCAACGAUGCGUUCGAUGAGAUGUAUAAGAAGCAGUCUACGUGGGUUGUGCCUGAGAAGGAUCUGAGGGAUAGAGUUUGUCAGCAGAUUGUUCAGGCGGUUGUGCCUGUUUACAGAAGCUACAUGCAAAACUAUGGGCCGUUGGUUGAGAAAGAUGCGAGUUCGAGUAAGUACGUGAGGUACACAGUGGUGGCUUUGGAGAAGAUGCUCAGCUCUCUUUACAUGCCUAAGCCUAUGAGAUAUGGGAGUUUUAAAGGAACACCGCCGAGUGAGAAACUUAAGAAUGAGGUUGACCUUAGACGUACUACUUCCGCUGUUGUCUGAUUGAAGAUGCCAUGUUCUGUUGUGAUCAUAUUGUGUCUGCUCUUCUUCAGUGGGGAAGCAGAUGUACUCUUUUUAUACGUAUAUAAAUACUGUCAAUCAGGUAUAGCUUUUUUAGCCAUUGAUCCGAGUCCCUUUAGUUUCAUUUUAUUCUAUUCAAUGUUAUAACCAGAAGAUCAGCAUGUUUCUUGUUCUUUAGUUGUUGUUCUACAUUUGUGACUGUUAUGAAUUUUCAGAUCAGCAUCACCGAACCAUUUUAGAGAAAGUAAAUCAGUGUUAUUAAGUGGCA